ACUGAUGGCUUCCAUUUCUCCUUAUUUUCUCUACCUUAUGCUGCUAUGCCUGUUGCCAAUUUCUAUCAUAGCUCAAAAUAUAACACUAGCUAUGCUUGACACUGGAAACUUUGGGCUGGCAUGCCAGGACUCCACCAACUUGUGGGAAAGUUUUGAUCAUCCAACUGACACAAUAUUACCCACACAAAAAUUAAAUGUGAACAGCAGCCUUUUUGGUUGUUAUGCAGAAAUGAAUUACUCAAGUGGAAGAUUUAUGAUGCAGUUACUAUCAAAUGGAAAUCUUGUUGUCUUUAACCAGUCUGGCUACAUCUACCUAGAAGCUAAAAAUGGAAGCAUAAUCAGCUUUAUAGCAGUAAUGGAGCAUCCACUGGAUAUUUGCACGAGCAUUAGACAAGCCACAGGUGGUGGGGCUUGUGGGUUCAACAGCUACUGUAUUCUAGCAAAUGAUCAGAGACCUAAAUGCAUGUGCCCGCCUGGAUACUCAUUCUUGGAUCCAGAUGAUGACAUGAAUGGAUGCAAGCAGGAUUUUGUCUCAGAAGAGUGUGAUGGGGGCCAAGAUGCAGAUCUUUUCUAUUUCCAGGAUAUGCCAACACAAAAAUUGGCCUGACUCAGGUUACAAAUAUUUUCAACCAGUUACUGAGGAUUGGUGCAGACAGGUAUGCUUGAUUGACUGCUUUUGCGUAGUAGCAAUCUUUAGAAACAGUAACUGUUGGUUCAAGAAAAUUCCUCUCUCAAAUGGGUUGUUUGAUAGUAGUGUUGGAGGGAAGGCGCUAGUCAAAAUAAGAAAAACAACCCUAU